AACUUUGCCAGCGUGAAGAUGUUGAUUGCCCGACUGGCUUUUUUAAUCUCUAUUCUGGGCUUGGUGGUUGGGCUCCAGAAACCGGAGACCACUUCCAGUUCCACGACUAUCAGGACUAUGAGGUCUGGCCGUUAUUGUCAGCGAAGUGGAGGAUAUUGUCGGAUGCAUGGGGAUUGCUGCUCGCGAAUGUGCAUUCAAGUGUCAGCAGAGUGUCGUUAGAAUAAAUUGGCUACCUUAUGGUUUGAUAUAUUAAAACAAUUUAAUACAGUGGUAAUAUUAAUUUUUGAGUGUUCAUAAAAAUGUUUGUGCUUGUGGCUUUUUAAAGUGUGUAUUCCUAAAUAAAAAGUGUUUGAGCUCUGCGAAGAUUUAA